AAUAACAAGAAAAUAUUAUAUGUAUAUUCUGGAUGAUUACGCACAGGUAGUGUGAUUUUUUUUUUUUUUUCAAAUCACCAAAGCCCGCGUUGUGAUUUACUGUUUAAGAAGUGAGAGAGAGAGAGAGAGAGUAAGUGAGUGAGUGAGUAAGUAAGUGAAGGCGCUGCUGAACGCUGCACUGCUGCCUGUUCCUCCAACAUGGCCGCCCUCAGCGCUCCACUCCGGAUCUGUCGGGGCAUUUUAAAGGAGCUCAGGUAUCUAAAAGGUCCUGAAUACAGAGGCACAAUGGCGUACAGUUACAUCAUGGAGCAGUUCCGGAAGAAUCAGGUAACCAGCGAGCGUCACUGCCGUGCUCAGAGGGGUGCGGUACAUGCCUCACAAACCUACCUGUGUCUCUUAGAGUCGACACGACGCCACCAGGAGCUGCACAACCUGUACCACGGCAAAGGAGAGCGUCCCCCGGAGGAAGUGGCCCGUCUUGUAGGAUUGCGCUUACCCACACAGCCUGGUGGUAAAGGCUGGGAGGAGUGAGGCGGAGGACUGGCUGUCAAUCGAGGAACGACUUCUUAAUGUACAGUGUGUGUGUCAAUUUGUAAACAGUCUUGUCUUUAAAUAAAUACACUUAUGUUUA